AUGCUGCUUAACUUCGGUGAUCGUACGGGAACCGGUGUGACCAGCACGCUAUGGCCGUUGGCUUUAUUAUUAUUAUUAUUAUUAUUAUUAUUAUGCGAUGGUUGUUUCAUGGCGUUAAUUAAUACCCCUUUUUUUUCCAGGCAAAUGUUUCCGCAAAUGAAAUUUCGAGUUUCGGGUCUCGAUGCCAAAGCCAAAUACAUUCUACUAUUAGACAUCUGGUUGCGCUUCGCGUUUAAAUUGAUAACGAUGGUGGUGGAUGGCCGGUGGAUGGUUGCUGGAAAAGCGGAUCCGGAAAUGCCAAAAAGAAUGUACAUUCAUCCGGAUUCGCCAUCAACUGGAGAACAAUGGAUGCAAAAAGUUGUUUCUUUUCACAAGCUAAAAUUAACAAAUAAUAUAUCAGAUAAACAUGGAUUUACGAUAUUAAAUUCAAUGCAUAAAUAUCAGCCAAGGUUUCAUUUGGUAAGAGCAAACGACAUACUCAAGUUACCUUAUUCAACGUUCAGAACAUACGUAUUCAAAGAAACUGAAUUUAUUGCCGUAACAGCUUACCAAAAUGAAAAGAUAACGCAGUUAAAAAUAGAUAACAAUCCGUUUGCAAAAGGUUUUCGUGAUACUGGAGCUGGAAAACGAGAAAAAAAGUAA